CUUUGGCUUAUCAACGAUUCGCCUAGGUUUUCAAAGACUGUGAGAAGUAUGCUGGAUUUAAGGCCGCAACUUCAACUCUAUCUUCGCUGCAGCGUUGGGGAUGGACAUACAGCUUUGUUUUGGUAUGAUUACUGGACUGAGCUGGGUCCUCUAAAUCUCCUAUUCGGUAGCUCAGGGCCUGCAACCCUAAGGAUUCCUCUAGAUGCUACUGUCUCACAAGCAGUUCGCAAUGGUCACUGGAACCUUUCCCCUGCCCGGUCUGAAGAUGCAGUAACCCUGCAGAUUAUACUAUCUACAUUGAAUGUCCCAUGUGAAGCAAAUGGCAGUGAUGUUUACUUGUGGAAAAUUCAAUCCGGUGGCUUUGCGGCUACUUUUUCUUCAAGCGUUACUUGGGGGAGACUACGAGUUCCUAACACCGUGGUUCCUUGGCACUCGACAGUGUGGUUCAAAGAGGAAAUACCACGUUGUUCUUUUAUUACUUGGACAGCCUUCCUUCGAAGACUUCCAACUCGUGACAGAUUGAUUUCUUGGGGAUUAUCUCUUCCAUCAGGUUGUGUCCUCUGUACUUCUGCUGAUGAAUCACAUUCUCAUCUUUUCUUUGAAUGCUCGUUUGCUGUUGCUCUUUGGAAUCGCUUUUGUGGCAGGUACUUGGCGUCUCCUCCUAACUCCGUUGCAGCAGUAGUCGCUCGAUGCCAGCAGCUUCAAGGACCUCACGCUUCUCGGGCUGUAGCUGUUCUGAAACUCCUGAACCAAGUUAUUAUAUACAACCUCUGGCGCGAAAGAAAUGCUCGUAUUUUCAAAGACACUGCCUUGUCUCCGGAAGCUUUCUUCAGGGUGGUGGAUAGAAGUAUGCGGGAUAGGUUGCUGUCUCUCCGGUCGAUGACUGCAUCAACUCCCUUUUUGCUUGAGCUGUACUUUUGGUUUGUUUCCCCCUAUAGUUAAUGCUACCCAAGGUUCUCUUUAAGGCUCUCCUCAAUCUCUCCUCUCCUUCUCUAUUUUGUUCUUUGUAAUAAGUUGUGUUUCCUCACAACAUUGUAAAAUUCAGAAAAUGGUUAUAAAUCUUAACAUUUAUAC